UAAGAUAAGAAAUUCUCAUGAAAACUUUUUUAAAAGCUUGUUAUAGUAAAAUAUUUUCCAUCAAUAACUUUACUAUGAUUUAAUAAAAAUAAAGUUUGUCUUUUUUUUUUUUUUUUCUAAAAGCUGUACUGUUCAAAAUUGUAUAUUUGUUCGUUGAUAACAAUAUUUAGACUUUUGAAAAACAAGCUAUUUAUUUAGAUAGGUAGACGUGAUUUUAAUAUUUUAUUAAAACUAUAAUUUUAUAAUAACAGUUUACAUGUUUACAUUUGUGCAGAAUGGAUGAUAAUUUAAUAAAAGAAAAAGAAUCAUCAGUUCAGACAUCUACAAAUAAUGUCAAUAACGAUGAAGUUUGGGAAAUAAUUGAUAAAGAAGAUGAUGGUAAAAAAUUGAAAUACAAUUUUUUUUAAAUAUUUAAACAUUUUUAAUAAAAACAUGACAUUUUUUAUUUUAUAGAGGACUUGAGAAAUUUAUCUGCUGCAGUAUAUGCUUUUAUAUUGUUAGUUAUUGGCAUACCACUAUGGUGGCGAAUGACAGAAGUACAAAGACAUCCACUUCCAUACUCACAGAUCUCACAAUUAGGGAAUAUGGAUGUAACUAUUGCUACCGACAUAUUUGUAUAUACCAAAAAUGUAUCUAAAACAGAACAGAUUAUUCAACAACUUCAUACUACAUUCAAUUCAAGUAAUUCCAAAUUAAUAUAAUGUUAUGUUUAAAUAAAUACAUAAUACUUUUACAGCUAUGUUCAAUAUCAAUGCUCAGUCUUCUACUAUCAAAAAUUUAGAUGAUACUUUGGAUAAAUUAGAGACCAUUGUUAUAUCACCUUUAGGAUCAUUACAUCUAAUCGAAACAAACAGUGUUGAUAACAUAACGGCGGGUCUUAACCGUAAUGUAUAUUUCUCUCCUAGUACAAGUAAGCCUAUUAUUUUUCUUAUGUUUAGUUUAUAUAUAGAUUAUAUUAAAUGUUAUGUACAGAUAUUCAGCUGCUGAUGGCUACAUUAAAAAGACUGUUACAAAUAGACGCAUUAUCUGAUUCAAUGAUUUCUAUGUUAAGCCCUGGUAAACAUUCUGAUGACCCACAAAUAGUGGCCGAAAGACAACGCAGAGUUAGACCAUCAUCAAAUUACAAUGUGCUUCUUACAGUUGUAAACCCAGAACCUGAUAAACUACACUUAUCCUGGGAACCAGAAAUACCUUUAAAUCGUUAGUUUCAUUGAUGUAUAUAUUUAUAUAUGUGAUACUAAUUUUUUUAUGAUUUACACAUUUUAUAUUUUUAAAAUUUGUUUUUAGGUUAUCUGCAACCUUUACUAAAUCAACUAGAAUUGAUUGCAGAUUUUUCAGUACAAUCUCAAUGGCUGUAUUUAAUUGAUUUAGUACAAAAGCCCGUGAAUUUGAAUUCUAGUUUUGUAUUGGACAAAAAUCAAGCACAAUAUAUAAUUACUCCAUUAGAAAAAAAACUAGGUACUUUCUUUUUCAAAUAAUCCAUUUUAUCCAAGAUUUCAUUAUACAAUUGAUAAUUUAUACUUGUUAUUAACUGGUUUUAGGUUCUGGUGUAUCUCAAAAUCCAUGUAUACAUUUUGUCAUUUAUGUGACCCCUUGUUCUUAUAUUCCUUUAUUUUUUCACGAAAACAAUCAACUUACCAUAGCUAUGAUGUCAGCUCGAUGGGGUGGAGUUCAAUUCUUGAAUGCAGAUAAAUUAUCGUGCAAUAAUGAUUCUAUAAGCUUUGUACCAGAUGAUCUCAGUAUUAUGUCUCCCAUUAUCACACAGUUUCAUGCAUUAAUUGGCGUGCCAGACAUGACCAAGCAUGUGUCUCUAAUGCCACUCAAGUCUUCUACUUUACGGAUGUGGCAAUUAGAUUCAAUGUAUAGACUUAAAAUUAUUGAACAAUAUACCAAUGCGCGCAUAACUUUAACUUCACUAUCAAGACUUUUGGGUGAAAUCAGUAACAUUGUGAUAAUAGAAGAAGUUGGAAAAGCUGUAACAGAGUCUGUAGAAGCUGCUACUAAAGUACUUGAGUAUUUGAAAAUAGGCAAAUUGGAUGCAGCUUUAGAAUACAGCAAACUAGCAUUUGAAACUUCUGAGUUUGCAUUUACCCAUCCAUCGUUAUUAGCAUUGCUUUAUUUUCCGGAUGAUCAAAAGUAUGCAGUCUACAUUCCUUUAUUCUUACCUGUUAUGAUUCCUGUAUUGAUGUCUUUGAAAGGAGUAAAAAAAUGGAUACAAUUUAAAUACCAACUUUAAUUAAUAAUUGUUAUUAAAUUUAUUGUUAAAAUUUAAUGUUUUAUAAUUUAUUACAUUAUGUAACUAAACUGUAUAAUAUACAUAUAUAUAUAUAUAUAAUAGUGUAUUAACUUAUAAAUGUUUGACUAAUACUUAGGUACUUUAAAUGAUACUCCCUCAUCUUUACCAGAUGGGGCUUUACGUUUUUGUAUUAUAUUUUGAAUCUUAUUCCAUUCACGAUCAAGUUCAGCUUUUUCGUUCUUUUCUUUGUUGUGUUUACGUGUACGUCGGCCAUCUGUCAUUUUGACACCAUACUGGAAAGCUGCUUUUGGCAGUGCUUCUUUAUUACUCAUAUAUGUACCAUAUUCUUCGGCUGUGUCAAAAUCCCAACGACCAACCGGCCCUUUCUUGUUGCCCAAAUCCAUUUUCGUAUAAUCUGCCUCGUCAUCUGAAUCCUCAAUAGCAUCGUGCAUCUCAUCUAAACCUGGAUAACAUUCUGCAUAACCAGUGGGUUCAGCUGCCAAACGAGAGAGUAAGCCCAUUUGGUUUUUGCGCUGGAAUUUUGUUUUACUCAAUGCCUCCUA